AUGGAUCGACUAAAGAAGAAACGAGCGGUUCGACGCAGCCGGAACACCAAGCUGAUUAAUGAGAUACGAGCUGCGCUAGAGUCGUACCCCAUGGACUCCAAGAGACUUGAAAGUUUGCGUCACAGACUGCUCGCUAGCAACGAAGAGCUUCGGAAGGUCAAUGAGGAGAUAGAGCCCUUCAUCGACGACAACGACUUAGAGGAGGACUACAACACCGUGGCUGACUUCGAGGACGAGGUCGCAAGGAUUGUCAGUGAGGUGCGAGCACAAACGACACCGCAACCGCCACGCUCCGGAGGCGAAAAAGGCAGCAGCUCCCAGUUGACUGGAGUGAAGAUCCCGGAACUACAACUGUUGCAGUUCCAAGGUGAGCUUACAAAAUGGCAACCAUUUUGGGAGCAAUUCGACGUCGCGGUACAUUGCCGCACAAGUCUUUCUGAGCCGGAGAAGUUCCAGUACUUGCGCUCGCUUCUCGUGGGACCAGCAGCCAGUAUGAUUUCUGGACUACAAUCCACUGCUGCAUCUUACCAAGAUGCGGUAGAGAUGCUGACCGAACGUUUCGGUGAUAAACAACGAAUCGAACGCGAAUCUUCUAGGAAGACUGUGUAA